AAAACAAAAUUCGGAUCAAUCAUCAUCGAAUAAUGGACAAUCAUCUCGUCGUGGUGGCGGUGGUGGUGGUUCAACCUAUGGAUCAACAUUUGCAACGAAAAUUUGCCCGUGGUAUCCAAUAUAAUAUGAAAAUCAUCAUACGUGGUGAUAGAAAUGUGGGUAAAACAUGUCUUUUCUAUCGUUUACAAGGUGAUAAAUUUCAUGAAGAAUAUCUAGCCAGUGAAGAAAUCAAAGUAGCCAGUAUCCAAUGGAAUUAUAAUGCUACCGAUGAUAUUGUCAAAGUAGAAAUCUGGGAUGUAGUUGAUAAAGGAAAAAAACGAGAAAUUUUAUCCACACAAAAUCAAUCCGUAUCAUCAUCUAAAGAUGUACUAAAAAUGCACAAUAAUCAAAAUGACCAUCAUCAACACGAGUCAAAUGAUCCAUCAUCAUCAUCAUCACCAGCUUUGGAUGCUGAAUUUGUCGAUGUUUACAAAGGAACAAAUGGUGUAAUCUAUCUAUUUGAUAUGACAAAAGCAUGGACUUUUGAUUAUGUUCAACGUGAGAUUCAUCGAUGCCCAUUACACAUUCCAAUAUUAAUAUUAGCCAAUCAUCGUGAUAUGGGACAUCAUCGUGUGAUAACUGGUGAUCAAGUUCAAGGUUUUAUUGAAUCAAUUCUACAAGAAGAUUUAGAAUCUAAUCGAAAAAGAACUGGACAGAUUAGAUAUGCUGAAUGUUCAAUGAGAAAUGGUUUUGGUCUGCGUUAUCUAUACAAAUUUUUCAAUUUGCCCUAUCUACAUCUUCAACGUGAAACAAUGCUCAAACAAUUGGAACGUAAUGGAUCCGAAAUUAAUGCCACCUGUCAGGAAUUGGAUGCUAUGAUCAAUAGUGAUGAUUAUAAUUAUGAUAGUUUUCUCGAAAUGCUCACCAACAAACGUAGAUUGAUGGCUGAUCAAUUAUCAGCGACUAAAAAUGUCGAUCAAAUGGGUAUGUUACCACCGCGUAGUGUUUCAAUGCCUGCCAAUAUGGCUACAAUGGCUAAUGGUGAUUCUCAACAAAAUCAUCUUAUCUCAUCAAGAAAUCAAAAUAAUGAGCCUGCACCUAUUGUAAAGCCAAUGCCAAGCAUUAUAAUCGGAGCAAAUAAUCCUUUACCGCCAAAAUUUCAGCAACAAUUUCAGAAAAAUAAACCCGAUAAAAAUCAUACCACAACAACAACGCCAUAUAAUGUUUCGGUGAAAAAUAUUGAAGAUUUUAUUCCAGAUGAUGGUGAACAGAAUAUGUUCCGGAAAUUUUUAGACGAACCAAAUCUACCUCAAACAGAUUUACCGCCAGUAAUUGAUGAAGAAGAUUCCGAUGAUGAUGAUACAAUGGGAAAUAAUCAAAUUGUUGCCAAAUAUCAAGAAGAAUUAGAUCCAGAAGAUAUGAUCGUUAUUGAAUCUAAUGAUAACAAGUUGAGCAUUUCAAAUGAAAAUGAAUCAUCCGAACAAGUGGUAAAAAAUGGUGGAAAUGAAAUCAAUUCAGAUCCAGAUGAUGACCAUCAAAAUGUUGAAAAACUUUCCGAAACCACCAGUAAUGUUGAAAGUGAAGAAAAUCAGCCAAAUUCUGAAAUUCCUGUUCUAAAUCUUGAUGAAAUCGAAGCAUUGGAAAACAUGUACAUUUCUAAACAUUCAUCACAGCUAAAUGAAUUUGAUGUUGGCGAUUCCAAUGAAAAUGAACCACCAUCUAUCAUUAAAAAAAAGAUGGACAUUAAAAAAUCCAACAAUAAAUCUACCACAAAUGGUGUAACAAAAAAGAAGAAAAAAUCUAAAACAUCGGAUAAACAAAACGGUGAUUGUCAACAACAACAAAUUGCUAAGAAAAAGAAAUCAACAAAAUUGAAAACAAAAAAUGAUAAUUCAUCGAAGAAUCCGGCAUCAUCAAUAAUCAUUCAAGAUAAUGAUGAUGAUGAUGAUGAUCGAAGACAAUUGGAAGAAUUUCUUGGCACCACAGAAAUGGACAAUGAUCCAUCACGUGAUCAUACUUCGUAUCAAAUGUUUUGAUUUAUUCAUAAUGAAAUUAUUAAAAAAUAGAAUCAUUGAUUUUUUUUUCAUUGUUGAUUAUUGAC